CGAUAUCAUUAUCAACAAUCACUAAUCAACAAGCAAAAUCACAAGAACAGAAUGAUUCUGAAUUAAUCCUAUCAUCAAUUAGUUUAUUGAGAAAAACGUUCGAUGAAGCAUUCAAAAUAUUUGAUAGGAUUAAUGAAAAACCACAAGAGCUACAGCAUUUUUCACCCGAUCUUUAUUGGAAUAGUCUACCCACAUUUAUAUUUUAUGAAAGGCAGGAAAAACAUGAAAUUACAUAUUGCUCUCCAAUCAAUGAACCACCAACAUCGACAGAAACUGCAACGGCGAUUCUAAAAACAACAAAAGCUCAAUUCAUCGAAUCAGGGUUCCAGGAAAAAGCUGUUAUCAUUAUGGAUGAAGGUCUCUAUCACAGUGUGAUCAAAGUGAAGGACCAGAAUCCAUUAGAAUUUGAAGCAGUUAUUCUACUCGGCGGAGAUUUCCAUGCCUUAAUGAACUACAUGCGUAUGGUGUGGAGUGUGCUAGAUGAUAGCGGAAUACAUGAAUUGUUAAAUUAUUUAUACCAAGGAGCCACAUUAAAAUCUGUUAUUAACGUGACAAAUUUUAACAAAUCAUUACGUGCUACAAAAUUACUGUACACUGCAUUGUAUGUCGCUUGUUUUGAACAAUUUUUAACAACAACAAAUGUACAGCAAAAUAAAAGUGUCCAUAUUGAUUCAAAAAUGACAAGAAUGAAAACAUUAAAAUUAAUUGAUAUUGACACGUACGGGGCGAAAAAAACAGCAUCACAAAAGAAACAAACAACGAAACAAUAUGAAACAAAAUUGCGCGAUCUUAUUGUAGUCGGUUCACAGGAUCAUGAUAUUAAUUUAAUUGAUUAUCUGAAAUAUGAGUAUUAUGAUGUACCACCAGCGUUAUCCGAUAAUUUUCAACUAUUAAACCCAUCUAACAAUAAUAAAGUCAUUGAGUAUUUUAUGGAAAACUAUCCACAACAGUUUGCAUUCACACAAUCAAACGACGAAUUAGAAGAAAGGGUACUAUUAAUUGAUAGAGAUAUUUUGUUACAACAUCAUCCAAAGGCAGGAGAUACAGUAUCUACGUAUGCUAAAUAUUUAUUUAAUGAGAUUAUUAACCAAAGUUCUACUUAUGAAAGAAUCGACGUGUUGUUUGAUUCAAAUCAGAGUAAAAGUAUGAACAUUCUCUUAUCAGCGACUUACCCAGGAUUUCAGUAAGGGGAGGGCCAAACCUCUUUUUUGUCAAAGAAAAAAGUUCUUGUGUAGUAUUUUUAUUUUCGAUUGGGAUUAAAAUACUUUUUUACUGCGAAAUGAAGACAACAAAAUUUCGAAAGUGUGGGUCAUGGCCCGCCCCUGGCUUAGUGCUGGAUACGUCGCAGUCUCUUAUUGCCCUAGAGGUUACUAUUAGAAUAUUUCAGAAAGCAAGUUUUUCAUCAAAAGACAUGCCAACAGAAAAACAAAUGCUUACCAACUCACAAUCGAUACAACAUUGGAAUACAGAAAAGAAUCGUACAACGUAUUUAUAUCAGAAAACCGUGCAGCUCUCGUUCAAUGUUUGCGAGAUGUUUGGUUAACAUUAUUUUAUUUAAUACCUCAAGACAAGCUUUUUCACGUUGCUGGUCCUGAUGAGAAUUGUUAUCGUUCGAAUACACAUGGACGUUACAAUGACACUUUAUUGAAAUGUAAUCAAAUUGAUGCCGUUACUCGUUUGUUUUAUCAUGUCAAAAAUGUUAGUGUAGCGAAAUGCUUGAAUUUUAAUAGAUUUUUGCACUUUCGC